UAGUAAUGUUUUCAUUUCUAAUUGUAGCCCUCGCUAGUCAACUGCCAAGCCAACUGUAGCCAUGAUGGGGGGUCACGUGGGCUCCCAGCUGCGAGUGUCCGCUUGUCGCGAAACUAGACCCAAUAACUAGCCGACAAGGAGGACCGGAGACUGUGUCAGCUCCCAUGCGUAAUUUCUUUCUACUGUACACUUGCUGUUAACUCGGGUACGGCAUCUGACGGACAUCCUAAACUGUGCUUUCAGUCGACCUCCAAAGGCGACGUGCUAGUGGCUCCGACGCGCGCAUUGGAAAGUCAUGUUAGCUACUGAUCGGCCGAGCUGAGUCUACUGUCUUUCUUCGCGUAAGAACAACAAGACUCGCAGAAAUGGAAGCCGAGAGCGCGGAGCAGGACCAGGAGCUGUCCGAUGAGGAGGAGGAAAUGGAGCCAAAGCUGCGCUAUGAGCGCAUUCUCAACGACAUGCCCGAAAUCCUGCGCAACGGUGCUGCCAGCUGCAUUGCAGUGCACCCCAAGUUCAUAGCCCUCGGCAUGCACUCUGGUGUAGUGUACAUCCUGGACCACCAGGGUAACAACAUUCGCAACAAAGAGCUCCAGCUGCACUCGGACACGGUGCUCCAACUGAGCAUCGAUGAACAGGGUGACCACUUGGCCAGCUGCUCACGUGACGGCAAGGUGGUGGUCCAUGGCCUCUACUCGAGUGACCAGAACCAGAGGCUAACCUUUGACCGUCCCGUUGGUGCCGUGGCCAUUGAUCCAAACUUCUAUCGCUCUGGCUCAGGCAGGCGUUUUGUCACAGGCGUUGACAAGGUGGUGCUAUACGAGAAGGGGUUCCUGUCCCGCUAUCGCACCACCAUCCUGCACCAGGGUGAGGGCCCAGUACGCAACAUCUCCUGGAAAGGACGCUUUGCUGCCUGGGCAACCGACCUGACGAUCCUGGUGUACGACAUGCAAGUGCUGGAUAUCAUCUGCAUGAUUAGCAGGGACCGCGACCCCCUGCUGAAACAACCGGAGCUCCAUCGGUGCAUCCUGACGUGGCGUGAUGAGCGGUGCCUGCUUGUGGGUUGGGCUGACCGUGUCAAGGUGUGCUGCAUCCGUCAGCGAGACCCAUCGCAACGCACCGUGGCCGAGAACAAUGUCCAACCAGAGCAGGACUCCACACAACGCAACCAAGCUGAUAUCUACGUCGAGAUCGUGUCCAUGUUCCAGACCGACUAUUACGUGUGCGGCCUGGCACACCUCUGCUCGGGUAGCCUGGUGGCCCUCACUGUGCUGAAAAACACCGACAACUCAGCCGAGGGCAGCCGACCCCAACUGAGGGUGAUGGAACCCCACCUGGGUGAAAGUGUCGAGCGCUCAAGUGACAUCCUUUCGGUGCGGGGUUUCCGGGCUUACCGGGCCAGUGACUACCGCCUCGACAGCCUUCCGGAGGAGGGACUUUUCUUUGUUGUGAGCCCUAAGGAUGUGAUAGUAGCCAAGCCUCGCGACCAAGACGACCACAUGGACUGGCUCUUGCAGCACCAGCAGUACGAGGAGGCUGUGCAGGUUGCACUGUCCAGUCGUGAUCUCAAGAGGCACACAUUACAAGGUGUGGGCAGGCAGUACCUGGAGCAGCUGAUUGAGAGGCAAGAGUUUGAGCGAGCAGCUGAGAUGUGCCCAACUGUGUUUGGGGCGGACGCACGCUUCUGGGAAGAGCAGGUGUAUCGCUUUGCGCGCCUUCGGCAGCUGCGCUGCCUGGCCCCUGUGCUGCCCCAGGGGGGCCUCGAUCCCACUGCCUACGAGAUGGUGCUCAACGAAUUCCUGCAGCUAGACCCCGAGGGCUUUCUCAAGCUCAUCUGUGAGUGGGACUCGGCAUUGUACAGCGUGCCAACUGUGGUGAAUGCCGUACGGGACCGCCUCACCUACGAGCCGGCCAGCAUGCCUCUGCUAAAAGGGCUGGCCCACCUCUACUCCCUCGAGGGCAAGUUUGACCUCGCCAUCGCCAUCUACCUCGAGAUCGGUGCAGCGGAUGCGGUGUUCACGUUGGUGCAAAAGCAUGGCCUGUAUGGUGUGGUACAGGAGAAGCUGGCACUGCUGAUCCGGCUGGACGAGGAGAAGGCCAACCAAUUGUUGGUGAACUCUACUGACCGGCUACCACCAGCCACUGUCGCUGACCGUCUGAGGCCGCAGCCACAAGCCUUGUUUCGUUACCUGGACGCGCUGUUCAAGCGUAGCCCCGCAUUGUGCGAGGCACAGCACAUGGAACUGGCGCGCUUGUACGCCGAGUUUGAACCUGACAAGCUGCUGCCGCUGCUGCGCCAGUCACACAGCUACCCUUUGGAAGAGGCACUUCGGCUGUGCCAGGAACGGCAGCUCACACCGGCUACCAUCUUCCUGCUCAAACGCAUGGGCAACACCAAGGAGGCCCUUCAUCAGAUCAUGGCCAAGCUGAAUGACGUCCACCAGGCCAUCACCUUCUGCAAGGAGCACGACGACUCCGAACUUUGGGCAGAUCUCAUCGAGUACUCACUCGACAAGCCGCCCUUCAUCACAACGUUGCUGCACAAGAUUGGUGCGCAUGUCAACCCCAUCCUGCUGAUUGUGCGCAUCCCCAUGGGGCUGGACAUCCCUCAGCUCCGGGACUCUCUGGUCAAGAUCAUGCGGGACUACAACCUCCAGAUCUCCCUGCGUGAAGGCUGCAAGAAGAUCCUCGUAUCGGAUUGCAUCGGCCUGCUGCAGAAGCUGCACCGGCAGCAGAGCCGUGGCAUUGCCAUUGCCUAUGACCAGCUAUGCCAUGCUUGCAAUCGCCGGAUACUCUCCAAAGAUGUUCGCCACCUGGAGGACGUGGUAGUGUUUUUCUGCAAGCAUGCCUUCCACAGCAACUGUCUUCCCAGUCUACCAAUGUGCAGCCUCUGCAGUGCCGACAAGCAAGCACAGAGCCUGGGUGCCUGAAGAACAACGCUUGGCGGAUGCUGCUCAUUCAUAAUGCGCUACGAGGAGGUUGUGCCGAUUGCUACCGGCACUGUAACGGCGUUAAAACUGCGGAAGGGUGGUGCGCAUACCAAAGGCAACAUAAGGGCUGAGGGAGAGAGUGUUAAUAAAAGAAGAUGCUGUCCAGAGCACAAUU